AACACAAAAAAAAAAAAAAAACAAUAUAUACAUAGUGAUCUUCCCUGUCUCUCUGCCCUAUCGCAAUGGCCACUACAAUGCAAGCAAGUGCUGCUGCAACACCGAACGCAGCGAAACAUCCGCAACUAAAACGCAUUGUCUACUCGAAAUAUCGUGAGCUUCUCGGUUCAUACAACGACAAGGCAAAUGCAAUUAUCGAAACGCUGCCGGCUUAUAUGGUGCGUGAAGAUCGUGGUUUUCAUUGCGAGCCCACCAAUAACGCAGAAGUGGCUGCGGCGAAAACAAUAAUAACAUUACCAGCGACAUUGAAUACAGCAACAACAAAACCUGUUGCUCAGUCAAAUCGGCAACCUAUAACAACGACAAUGAAAACAGCUGCAUCACCAUCACCCACUACAAAUGGGGUGGCGGCAGCGGCUGACACAUGCACAGCAGCUGCUCUGUUACGACAAGUUGCUGCUGCGGCGGCGGCUGCGGCAGCGGCACAGGGUGAACGCGUGAGUGAAUUGUAUGGCGGCUCCGCUCAACGCGGCUACGAAGCACCCGCUUGCGUACAAAAUGCCAUGGUGACAAAAGACAAGAAACCCUUCACCUACACACCGGGCGGCAUUGAUCUCUCACAAAUCAAAUCGGAGCGUAUGGCUAAACGUUUGGCGCGCAAUGCCCAAGCUGAGGGCGCAACUGGUGCAUCGCAACUCAACAGACCAACACAACCACAAUCGCCGGGUAGUGGCAAUGCGGCCUCUCAAAUCGGUGCCGCCGGCAUGGGUAUGCCGUUCCAGGUGUUGCCGCCGCCGCCACCACCAGCAGCACCGGGUAAGAAAUUGAAUGGCGCUGCGGCACCGCCACCACCACCACCACCUAGUUCCUCCUCCACAUUAGCACCACCACAGAAUGGCGGCGGACUGGGUAGUGCACCCGGUUCACCCAACGCGCAACGCAAGUCGCCCACACCGCAACGAUUCGAGCCACCACCAAUGGGUUUCCGACCGGAAAUCAAAAUACCACCUAAUCCAAUGGCGGCAUUGCGCAAAGUUCCACCGCCUGUGGAGAAGAAUACCUUCUGGAAGGAUGAAUAUGUGCGCGAUCGCUCCAAGAGUCCUAUGGUGGGUGAAAAUGAUCGGGCUAGCUCACCGCGUAGCGGUGCUGAUGCUGCUGAGGUGGCAAGUACCAAUAGUGGAUCUGCUGCUAACAGCGCCGCUGGUUACGGUGAGCCAGCUUCGGUUAAUUUGAAUAACAACAGCUACAACAAUGCGAAUAACAACAACGAUGCCAACGAGCAAGUCGAUGGUUACAAGAAACCAACAACGACCACCCAGCAACCUGAACUCAAUUACAGCAACAACUCCACUCAACUACAGCAACAACAACAACAACAACAACAACAACAACAACAACAACAACAAUACACACCAACUCAGCCCACCUACUCAACACCAGCAUAUCAAUCCGUGCAGCAGCAGCAGCCUCAAUAUAACAACAACAACAACAGUGCGUCCCCAUCUCCACAAGCGCAACAGCAAUCGCCACGACCUGCUGAGUUCCGUAGCGUUGCACCGCCACAAUCGCCGGCUGUUAACGUUUACACACGACAAACGGAUAGUCCACGCGCUGAUGCUGGCACUCCGCCACAGCAACGCGCUACCGAAAGUCCCUUCCGUUAUGGCGGUGUACAGCAGCAGCAGCAGCAGCAGUCAACACCGCAACAACGUGCUCCACCAGCUAUAUCGCCACUGGCACAACAACAACAGCAUCGCCAAAACUUUACUCGUCGCCACCAACACCAGCAGCAGCAGCAGAAACAGCAACAGCAGAACAAUUCUUCCAACUCACAGCCAUCGGCCCAAACUGUGCCAUGGCGCACUCAACGUACUCCAGCGCAGCAGCAACAACAACAGCAGCAGCAGCAGCCACAGUCGACUGCCAUUUAUAAUAAUGUGUCGUCAUUGCCAAUACAGCAACAACAACAGCAACCAAGUUCGGUCUAUCAGGGUCCAAAGCCGACCAACGUCGGCUCACUCUACAUCGCACCACUGGCACCGCCCACUGAGCCCCAAGCACCCAAUGUUGUGCGUCAAUUUCAACAACAGCAACAACAACAACAACUACGCGAAUCACCAAUUCGCCAAAUACCGCCGCACCUGCAACAACAACAACAACAACAACAACAAGGCCAACCAUUACGUUCAACGGUACCAUGGUUGAGCAGCAAGCCGAAAAACAAUGAACAACCAGAAUGGGCGCGUCCCGAAGAGAAUGGCAAUGUAGUGCCAUCAUCGUUGCAUCGCAUGAAAUCUCCUCCACCGACAGCAGCACUACAAUCACAGCAGCCGCAACAACAGCAACAGCAGCAGCAGCCAAUUUACUAUUCACAACAACAGCAAGCACAACCACAACCCUACGGCUAUCGGCCCGAGCAGGGUAACGGUUAUGCUGCCGCAGCGCCAGGAAAUUUCGGUAGUCAUAGUGUGGGUAACACUGGCUUACGUUUGCAGAUCAACCUGAAUGCCAAUGCCAAUAGUGCGCCAGCAGCUCAAGGAGCAACUGGUCCAAGGGAACGCAUCAUACCCAUACAAUUGGAGCAAACUCCAACGAAUACAUCGCAACAACCAAACUUCAAUGUCAGCUACGGUGGCGUCACCACUGCACCGAGCAGCUUUGUGGUCCGUUCGCCAAAUCAAUUCGUUGAUCAAGGUUACAACAAUUAUCCAGCCUCGGCUGGUGCACAGCAGCCAGCAUCGGCUCAACGCGUGAUGUCACCGACACAACAACUCAAUGCGCCACGCAUUGUACAACAACAACAGCAAUUUACGAAUAACAACAAUAAUAAUGUUGGCGCCAGCGCAAAUCGUUCACGCAUUAUACCCAUCUCAAUGGAAGGUGAGGGCACACGUGGCCCGAUUUCACCAUCGCCGAUCGUUUUGCAAAAUGAAAACUACAAUCUGGUAGUUUACGAUUGUCCACUUGAGGCGGAAAUACGGUAUCGAAAGAAUCGUCUCAGCGAUCCACGCUCGUCACCCAUACAAUCGAAAUCCUUUAGAAUUUUGCAAAAAAUCACUGACACCAUUGACGACACUAACAGCGGAGAUGAUAGGAAAGUGGAGAGUCCAGCCGAUGUAGAGCCACAAUUACAACGACCACAAUAUGCGAGACAAAUGAGUGCCCAACAGGCGCGUCAACAACCGAAUGUUGAACAAAUGAGACGUAUGCAAAUUGCAGCCGAUCCACAAUACCAACAGCAACAACAACAACAACAGUCACAGCAGUCACAAUCACCACAAGCAUGGAAUCAAGGUAAUGCUUCUUCUUUCAAAAGUUCACAGCAACACACCAUUUACAACAAUAUCAAUGACAUGCCACAACCAUACGUCCAUCCCAGUGAACAACAAGUACCCGAACCGAAAAAAUAUACCGGUAGCGCAAUACCAAGUCGAUCGUUUAAAAUUUUGCAAGCGAUGACAACACCAGAAAAUGCUGAUAGUGUUGAAUUGAACGAAAAUUCUUUGCAAGCUAAUGAGAGUCAUAAAAGCAACAAAAUUCUCAAUAAUAACAAUUUUGCUAAGAAAGUAAAUGAAUAUGUUGAUAAUAAAAAUAUUGAAAGCGCCAGUGAAAUUAGCAAUACACACACACAUCCAACACAUGCACCCAGCACCACAUCAUCUUCAUCUUCCAUUUCAUCGCUUUGUUCCGACUCUAGCUCUUAUCCCAUACCCAAACAUCCAUUUCCUGCUUAUGGUUAUCCAUAUCCAUAUCCCUGGUAUCCACCAGUAGCUAUGCCAGCAAAUAACGGUACUGACGCAUAUCCACCAGCGUGGCCAUAUGCUUACAAUAUGCCACCCCCUCCACCUCCAUCAUCAUCGCAGACGCCAACUAACGAACAUCCCGCAUAUCCUCCUGGACCUUACUCCUACUAUUAUCCUUAUUAUCCUCCACCCCCACCGCCACCAACACAUAGCGUCCAGCAUUCUCACAUGCAUACGCCACAUCGCAACACUCAAACCCCAAAUGAUUUUGAUUCGCAAAAUGCAUAUCACGACCCAGUGCAGUGUGCAUACCCCGCUUAUGUGCCGCCAUACCCAUACCCCUAUCCGGUAGCGCCCAGCUAUGGUGGGAGUACGUCGUCAAGUCGCGCCAGCAGCGUCUUACCCGAUAUAAUAGUUACACCAAGCACCGAUGAUAUGCCCUCACAGGUUAUAUUACAACAUCAUAUAAAAGUCGAGAAACCCGAACCAGCAAAACGCAGUGAUGCCGUGCAGAUCGAAGAGGUCUCACUUGGUAGUGAUGACUCGGUGAAAGCACCACCGAUGCGGCGCGAACACCGUGAGGGCUCCUAUAUCGAUGCACUCACACAACGUUUGGCGCAUAUGUCUAAGAUUGUCGAACAUAACCUCAACAUGAGUAAGGAUGUCGAAAAGACUUACGCGGGCGAACGUAAUAAGGAAUUUGACGAAAAGUCACCAACAGAUAACGCCUCGCCGGUACCGGUGCCCAUCGUAACAUUGGCUUCUGAAACCGAAAUGAGCUCCGAUAGUUUAGAUGGCAGUAGCGACGAUGAGGGUGACUCCGAUGCAACACCAAAAUGUGUUGAAACCACCGGAUUGCAGGCAAUCAAAUCGGUGACAAAUAUACAAAUGUACAAGGAGCGUAAAAUCCAAACGAUUGAACUGGAUGAUGAGGACGAUGUAACAACAGCUGAUGGCGAAAGUGACAUUUUCGAUGAGGAUGAUAACGAAGAAGACGUUGCUGAAGAGCUUGAAUUGGACGAAUACAUUGAGGAAAAUGAUGAUAUAGACUAUGAUAACUUGAGUGUAAUCUAUGAGGAGGAGAGCGAAAUGGAACGCAGUAGCGAAAAACAGAAUACGAUUAUAAGAUGUGAGGGCUCCAAUAACAGCGAUGCCACUGCUGUGGAGAAAGAAGAAACUCUUGAGGGGCAGAUUGAAGAGAAUGACAAUAAUGAUGAUGCUGAUGAGGACUCCACCUCAGUAACAGUACGUCUACCACUCAAGUUCUCUUUCAAUCAUGAUAAUGUGGCGACAGUUGAGGUGGGUAAAUCACAAAUCGAAGAGCGGCGACAUAGCAUUACGUCGGAGAGCAAACGUAGUGCAGCCUUUGUUGUUGCCGAUGUAAAGAAUGAAGAUUCUGAGGACGAGGCAGCAGCAGCGACACAUGAGUAUGAUGAUGAUUGUGAAGUAAGUGUAACAAUCAGUUUGAGCGGCUCCUCACGUUCCGCUUCAUUAGAACGCAAACCAGAGGCGCGUCGUCUUUCAGAUGCAUAUCCGAUCGAAGAGCUACCAACACCAGAACCACCUAGCGAGCUAACUGCCACGAGUAAAGAGGAUAUCUCAUUCUCAUUCUCAUUGAAUGCGCGCAAUAAAUUCAUGGCUCAGACUAGAAGGGAUGAUGUGACUAACAAUAUAGCGGCGUUCACUAGAAAUGAGACGAAAGCAGAAACGCUGAAGAAUGCAGCGUUGAGAGAAGAAAUUAAAGAGCCUGAUAUACAUAACAAAAUGCAAUUGAAUUUAAUGAAAGAAAAAACUGAUUUCGAGAAGGAAACAGUGACACAAGUCAUACCGAGCGACGACUUGGACUUCUUUGCCACAUUGCGCGCCACUAAACUGCAAGCGCAAAAAAUGAUGGAACAGUCGGCGAACUAUUGGGGAAAAGUAGCGGAGAAACCAGUAGCCACAGAAACAGAAAAGCCCAAAGAAGAAGAGAAGAAAGAAGAAAGCAAUGCCACCAACCCUACCUCUGCCUCAAUAGAGGCAGAACCUGAAGUAGACGAUAUUUGGGCUGGCCGAGACGAGGAUGACUUACCAAAACCAGUACCCAAAUUAAAACUAGCAGAUGCCAAAGACAAUUUCUGGUCUACAUUUGCUGCCGCCACUAGGAAAACACAUGAGGAAACUCAAGCUCCGGACGUUACACAAAACAAAGGAAUAGAUAACGAAAUUCAAAGCAAAAAGGAGCCAAUCGCUAUGGUUUUAGACGGCGAGAAAGAGAUUGCAGCCGAAGCUGAGGCAGAAGAAAUUGAUUUCUGGGCUGAAAUUGAAAAGUCAAAACAAAGUAGCGUCUCCGUUACGAAAUCGCAUGCUAAAACCAAUACGGAAAUGGCGGCAUAUUCGAAACCCGAAUCCAAAGUCGCUACUGAUUUGGAGCGUAAAAGAGUGGAUGAAGUUACUUACCAGCCAUUAAUAUCCAAUUCGAGAACGGAAAUAUUGCCAGCUGCAUGCCAAGCAGAGCUUUAUACGCCACCUAUUGAAGAACUAGCAUAUGAAGACUCAAGCGAAAGCGAAGAGAGCGAUUCUGAAGAUGAAGUGGACAACGGAAAAGUGAAAGUAGUAAGUAAUGCAGUAGUCGAAAAGAAGGAGGAAGAGCAAGAGGAGGAAGUAGAAGAAGAGGAGGAAGACUUCUGGGCCUCUGUCGAAAAGGCAAAAGCUGCAAUAACUACAACAACGCCAAAGUCAUCAACGAACAACACGAAAGAACUUCCAACACCAGCUAGUGAUGUAGAAGUCAACUUCUGGGAGAAUGAGGAACAACGAAGUGGGCUUACACUGCAAACUCCAAAUACUUACGAUCCCACACUCUACCCCGAAGAACCACGAGAGGUUGAUACCGAUGAAGAGAUUGACUUCUGGGCGGAAAUUGAAGCAAAACAACAAACAACCGAUGACGUGAACUUCUAUAAAGCUGCCUCCUUCUGGGCUAACCGUGAGCGUAAGGAUUCUGUAGAUGAAACACCAUACGCAAAGGUAUUGCCCAAACCUUUCCUAGCUACUUUGCCUGACGAGCCAACUGUGGACUUGAAUGUCUGGGCAGCAUUAGAAGCUGCGAAGGGUGAUGAACCCGUAUAUAUUGAUCCAGUUGUGGAGGAGGAGAAAAUGUUGGCAGCGAAAUUCAAUGAAAUACCAAUGGAAAAGGAAACCAUAGAGAAGAAUGAAUUUAUUAAUAACAGUACCAGUGACAUGUGGGAAGUAGCUUCACUACACGAACCGAUUGUAGCCAGUAUUUGGGAGCCACCCGCGGAAGACAAUGAGUUCAGCAAGCCAUACCAAGACUUGGAGCAAUGGAUACAUGACAAGGAAGAUAAUGAAAUCCCCGCCGCUGUAGUGCCAGAGAGUCCAGUACUCGAACGAACCGACGAUGCGGACGAGGCAAACGUAAAGCGUAUUAAUUACCGCAAAGCUAUGGCAUUCUUCACCACCUCAAUUGACGAGCAGAAGGAGGCGAGUGCAGAGCGACAAUUACGACGAGGACGGGCCUCGAAUAGAAAUUCACUCAUCGAAGUGGAGAGCAACAAGAACAGUGAAGAAGAUGGGCUUAAAAAUGCAGUCAAUAACUUCUACACAACAACAGUUGCACAGAAUAUUAACAGAGGUAAAAGUGUUGGGCCCGAGAGUAUGAAUAACGAAACGAAACGCCAAAAAGUUGAAAUGCACCAAACCCGGGGAAAAAGUGUUGGCGCGGAAAUUGCCACUGAGGAAAUAGCAGAACGCAAUAAAACGCCAACUAAUUUCGAGCAGAAAUUGCCUGAAGUUUAUGUUGAACCCAUUGUGGAGAAAAAACUCUUGCCUAACGGUCUGCCCGAUUUAGGUCUGAAGAAAGAAGAAACCAAAAUUUCCGUACGCGACAGAAUCUCUGCUUUCGAAAUCGGCGCGCCGGAAUCGCAAAACAAACUAAAGAAAACACAUGAAAAUAAAACGCAAUCUCUCUCUGUUGAGAGCUGCACAGCGCGCGGUACACUUUCGCGCAACAGCUCACAACGUUCGGAAUCCGAAAUGGAGGAAGAUGACUCCGGUGUUACCGAUAUGAAUAAACCACUCUCAGAAACAGACACCGAAUCAGAGAGUUUCCCCGAACUGCGUAAAAUGAGCAGUUAUCAACGCGCUGCCACACAUUCCAGACUCUUCAAAUUGUUACAGGACGACAACGAUCCACUUGAUGAGGAUAAAUUGAGCAAAGAGCUCGCCGAUGAAUGUGCAUUCAAACCCAGCCGACGCAAAAUAGUACACAACGUAUCCAUCACGCGUCGUCAAAAUCCGAACGCAAUCACCGAUGCCGAAACAAUGAUACAACGACGCGAGCGCCUCUCUCUACCGUUGCGUAAAAACACAAGUAUAGAUGCGGAUAAUCCCUCCACGCCAAACAGUCCUGCCUCACCCAUUAUGGGACAACCCUCAAACCAACGUGGUAUCAGCGAUAAACUAGUCAACGAACUGGUACAAAGUUUACUACUGAAAAGCGAUAGUAGUCAUUUACGACAAAUGUCCAUGGAGAAGCUACAGGCGGCAGCCAAACGUGUGCUCGAAGAAGAGCUCGACUCACUGGAAAAUACAUCAGUCGAAACAACACCGGCACCUACACCGGGUGAUAACAAAACCGAUAAAAGCUAUGCCGACUACUACGACACAUGGUCGCAUACGAAUGGCGGCGCCACCGCCAAAGCUGAUGGCAUGCCACCAAAAGCAUAUCGUGCACAACAAGAUGUACCGCGACGUAGUCCCUGGUCUGUACGCUGUCCACGUGUGCUCAGUUCGAAAACAGUAAAUCGAGACCUGGCACGUGUGACUGAAUCACCCGAGAUCUUUACACGAAAUAGCAAAAGUCCCGACUGUCUCUCGCAAUCGCGCGAAGGUUCAGUGAGUCGUUGGCGUAAAGUUUAGCAGCACGUCUUUGAGGUUAUGUAGGGUGGCGGCACAAAAGCGUAAGAGCGUCGCCAAAAAAUUAAAACUGGGGAAAACUGUAUAAAUGCUUAAGUAAAAUAUUUGUGUAGAUAUAGAGAGUUUAACUGUAAGAAUGUAUGAAAAUAGCGGUGAUGCAAAUUCAAAAAAAAUUCAAAUCGGUUAUGAAUGUAUAGAAAAGAGAGCGCAAGUUACAGUUGUCGAAAAAAGUGAAGAAAUGAGAAAAUAAAACCGCUUCGUGACGUCACAACAGCUUAGCUGAACGCGACGUGCACACAUGGAAAAUCAAACCACUCGAGUUCGUUAGGUUUUUUGUUUAUUUUUUCUUUGAUUAAUUAGAUGGGUAGCACCAACUCGCACACAGGUCAAUGAACCCAACACUGCCGUUUUUACUCAGUGAAUAAAAACUAAAAAUGGAAAAUGUAAAAAAUUAAUUAAAAGAAUACAUAGAAAAGUAGAGCGCAUAAAAUGUUGUGAAUAAAAGUAAUUUAAAAUUUUUUUAAUAAACUCAAAGCAAGCAACAAAUGUUUAUUGUAUACACGUACAUAUAUACACCUCUAUAUAUUUUUAAUUAAAGCCAGCCAAGUUUGUAAAAAAAAAAAUAUUUAUACAUAUUUACACACAACCACGCCUGCCAGAUUAUGCAUUUUUACGAAUCAUUAUUCAUUUUCUUUAAAUAACCGCAAGCAAUAAACUCACAAACAUACUCACAUAAAUCAUAUGCAUUAACAAGCAUAAAUAAAUAAUAAUUCUACUCGUUAACUUAUAAAUGCUUCAAGAGAAAUAAAUCUAAAAAAAAAAAUUGU